CCUGUAAUCACCUCCCGAUUACCGCGCGCCCCCCUAGUUCCCUCUCCCUCUCGCUCUCCCCGCGCCGCCGCCGCCGCCCAGUCCCACCUCUCCGUGCCCAGGAUGUGGGGAAGCACCGACGGCGGCACUCCGGAGGUCACCCUCGAGACCUCCAUGGGCGCCAUCACAGUCGAGAUGUACUACAAGCACGCGCCCAAGACCUGCCGGAACUUCGUCGAGCUCGCGCGCCGCGGCUACUACGACAACGUCAUCUUCCACCGCAUCAUCAAGGAUUUCAUUGUGCAAGGUGGGGAUCCUACGGGAACCGGCAGAGGUGGUGAGUCCAUCUACGGAGCAAAGUUUGAGGAUGAGAUAAAGUCAGAGUUGAAGCACACUGGGGCUGGAAUUCUGUCCAUGGCGAACGCUGGUCCAAAUACAAAUGGGAGCCAGUUCUUCAUAACUCUCGCGCCUUGUCAGUCACUUGAUGGAAAGCAUACAAUAUUCGGGAGGGUAUGCAGAGGAAUAGAAAUUGUUAAGCGCCUUGGAAGUGUGCAGACUGACAAAAAUGAUAGGCCCAUCCAUGAAGUGAAAGUCCUUCGAGCCAUCAUUAAAGAUUGAAUCAUCACGUGCAGUUCUAGUUUGGCGAGGCGAAAUGUGUUUGUGUUAGCUUAGGUUUAAUGGUCCUGCAAGCGGUGCCACUCUGGAAAAGAUUGAGAAGCUGCAUGGUUCCCGGCUUGUACGACGGCCAAGUGACGAAUCUCAUCUGCCUGACCUGAAAAGCUACCUUAUCAGUAGAUGAUUAUGUUGCGGGCACAUUGUAUUAGCAUGGAGUUAAAGCGGCGACAUACAUGACUUCCUGAUCUCUACUAUGCUGUGUUGUGUUGUGUUUGUCUCACGAAUAUCAAUAAUAUUGCCUACUAGAAUAUGCGGUUUUCUUU